UGGUACCAUCGUCAGGGCCUCUCCAGCCUGGUCGUCUUUGGGCAAUUCAGGUCAUUCAACGAUAGUUAUGACCUCCCGAUUACGCGCGUUUGGUGGAAGAAUUAAUAACAUCCGUACCUCAGAAUUACCCAAGGAGAAAACUCGAUCUGAAGUCGUGUGCAGCAUCCGCUUUUUAGAUGGCUUGGUACAGACCUUUAAAGUUAAUAAACAAGAUACCGGUCAAGUUCUUCUGGAUAUGGCAUUCAACCACUUGUGCGUGACUGAGAAGGAAUAUUUUGGUUUGCAGCAUGGCGAUGAAUCAGUGGACUCUCCCAGAUGGCUGGAAUCAAGCAAACCCAUCAGGAAGCAGUUAAAAGGAGGUUUCCCCUGUACCCUGCAUUUUCGAGUAAGAUUUUUUAUACCUGAUCCCAACACACUGCAACAAGAACAAACCAGGCAUUUGUAUUUCUUACAACUGAAGAUGGAUAUUUGUGAAGGAAGGCUGACCUGCCCUCUUAACUCAGCGGUGGUUCUAGCAUCCUAUGCAGUGCAAUCUCAUUUUGGAGACUAUAAUUCUUCCGUUCAUCAGCCGGGCUAUCUUUCUGAUAGUCAGUUUAUACCAGAUCAGAACGAUGACUUUGUAACGAAGGUGGAGUCUCUGCAUGAGCAGCACAGUGGGCUGAAGCAGUCAGAAGCUGAAUCCUGCUUCAUCAACAUAGCACGGACCCUCGACUUCUAUGGAGUGGAGCUGCACAGUGGUAGGGACCUGCACAAUUUAGAUCUAAUGAUUGGAAUUGCUUCCGCGGGCAUUGCUGUGUACCGAAAAUAUAUUUGCACAAGUUUCUAUCCUUGGGUGAACAUUCUAAAAAUCUCUUUCAAAAGGAAAAAGUUCUUUAUCCAUCAGCGACAAAAACAGACUGAAUCCAGGGAUCAUAUUGUGGCCUUCAACAUGUUAAAUUACCGAUCUUGCAAAAACUUGUGGAAAUCCUGUGUCGAGCACCAUACAUUCUUUCAGGCAAAGAAGCUACUACCUCAGGAAAAGAAUGUUCUGUCUCAGUACUGGACGCUGGGCUCUAGGAACCCCAACAAGUCUGUAAAUAACCAGUAUUGCAAAAAGGUGAUUGGAGGGAUGGUCUGGAACCCAGCCAUGCGGAGAUCCUUAUCCGUGGAGCAUUUAGAAACCAAGAGUCUGCCUUCUCGCUCCCCUCCUAUUACUCCCAACUGGCGAAGUCCUCGGCUCCGGCAUGAAAUCCGAAAGCCACGGCACUCUUCGGCAGAUAACCUCGCCAACGAAAUGACGUACAUCACCGAAACCGAGGACGUGUUUUACACCUACAAGGGCUCGCUCUCCCCGAAAGACAGCGAUUCCGAGGUUUCUCAGAACCAAAGCCCACACCAAGAGAGCAUAUCCGAGAACAAUCCAGCACAGAGCUGCCGGACCCGGAAGUCAUCCAGUUCUGUGUCUCCAUCUUCAAAUGCUCCAGGCUCCUGCUCCCCAGAUGGCGUGGAUCAGCAGUUCCUAGAGGAGUUCCACAGGGUGACCAAAGUGGGCUCCACCGAGGACUCCAGCCAGUACUACUGCGACAAGAAUGAUAAUGGUGAUAGCUACUUAAUCUUGAUCCGUAUCACGCCAGAUGAAGAUGGGAAAUUUGGAUUCAAUCUAAAGGGAGGAGUGGAUCAAAAGAUGCCUCUUGUGGUGUCGAGGAUAAACCCAGAGUCGCCUGCGGACACCUGCACUCCUAAGCUGAACGAAGGAGAUCAGAUCGUGCUGAUCAACGGCCGGGACAUCUCGGAACACACCCACGACCAGGUGGUGAUGUUCAUCAGGGCCAGCCGGGAGUCACACACGCGGGAGCUGGCCCUGGUGAUCAGGAGGAAAGCCGUCCACUCCUUUGCUGAUAUCAAAUCAGAAGAUGAACUGAACCAGCUCUUCCCAGAGACCAUUUUCCCCGUGUGUCCAGAGGGUGCUGACACUUUGGAGGGAUCCAUGGAACAGCUAAAAAAGGGCCUCGAAAGUGGGACGGUGCUGAUCCAGUUCGAGCAACUCUACAGGAAGAAGCCCGGGCUGGCCGUCACGUUCGCAAAGCUGCCUCAGAAUCUGGACAAAAACCGAUACAAGGAUGUGUUGCCUUAUGACACCACCCGGGUAUUACUGCAGGGAAAUGAAGAUUAUAUUAAUGCGAGUUACGUGAACAUGGAAAUUCCUGCUGCUAACCUUGUGAACAAGUACAUCGCCACUCAGGGGCCCCUGCCGCAUACCUGCGCACAAUUCUGGCAAGUCGUCUGGGAUCAGAAGUUAUCACUCAUCGUCAUGUUGACAACCCUCACGGAGCGAGGGCGGACCAAGUGUCACCAGUACUGGCCCGAUCCUCCCAAUGUCGCAGAACACGGCAGAUUUCACAUCCGCUGUCAGUCAGAGGACUGCACUAUUGCCUACGUGUUCCGAGAAAUGCUGGUCACAAACACCGAGACCGGAGAAGAGCACACUGUGACCCACCUCCAGUACGUCGCGUGGCCCGACCACGGCGUGCCCGACGACUCCUCGGACUUCCUGGAAUUUGUAAACUACAUGAGGUCCCUGAGAGUGGACGCCGAACCCGUCUUAGUUCACUGCAGCGCUGGAAUAGGUCGGACUGGUGUCUUGGUCACCAUGGAAACAGCCAUGUGCCUAAUCGAGAGAAACCUGCCCGUUUACCCGCUGGAUAUUGUCCGGAAAAUGCGAGACCAGCGCGCCAUGAUGGUGCAGACGUCAAGCCAGUACAAGUUUGUGUGUGAAGCAAUUCUUCGUGUUUAUGAAGAAGGCUUAGUCCCGAUGCUAGAUCCCAGUUAAGGCAACUGUGAAACAUUCAUUCCUCUUUCCAAGGGCAUCCUCCGUAAGGACAGACCUUCUCUCUGGAAGCAGCAAGAGGAAUCUGUAGGCCGUGGUGUGGGAAAGGAAAGGGCACAUUUGAACCCAGGCACUUUAAAUUUCUAUGAAAAAGGAAUCGUGUACAUAGGAACUGUGUAGAUAACGCAUGCCGCGAUAGUGUCAUUUAGGCCCAUUAUUCCUCCAGAGAGACAUAUGCAAAAGGGCGUCUCAUUUGGGGGCCUGUCCCAAUGCCUUCCUCCCUAGACAUCACCAUGAUCCUGUAAACGAUCCUUGGGCAACUGAGAGGGGACGCCAGCAGCGCUGUUCACCUCCCAGAAGCAAAAUGGUGCGGCUCUUUUGAGUCGCGGGGAUGCUUUGUGUGUAUCUGUGCACAGGACUCCAAGAGCCGAGCUCUCUGUGCUUCUAAGCCAAGCGGAGACCGUUAGCGGGCACCAGCCCUGAUGCUAAGGAAGCCCUGAUGGACGUACCGCACGAUGGGGGGGGUUUUCUGGCUGAAGGACAAGCAGUACCUUUCCUGCCCUCCCUUCCUUUGUCCCAUCUCCCUGCCCCUCUGACAUGCGUGUUUCUGAGAAUCGUGUCCAGACGCCCCGCUUUCCGCCCGCAUUAGUGACCCUCUUGGGGUUCACACGCCGCACCUGAACCGGAUGAGUAAUGCAGGUCCGGGGGAGUCUUCAGUCCACCCUGAGCGUGAGGACUUCGGUGUCGCCUUGUCGGUAUCCGGGCGCUGGCUGUAGGCGCUGCUCGCCUGUCCGCCGCGCUGUGCUCAGCGCCGAAGACGAGUCGUCGACUACUGAAUCUACUACAUGGAUUGCUGCUACUUCCAGCUGCGACACUUGAAGCAUUGCGUCUUCCUGAGGGGAGGCGGGAUAGCAUCUAAAUAUUCAGAAUCUUUGGCCCUUCCGAGGAAAGGUCUUCUAGCCAUUGAACCACGGGAAAGCCAGCUUCUGGACGGCUGUGCAUGGGUGUGGGUCGGCGCGUGUGCGCCCACGGCUGAGAGCUUCUCAGGAUUCCUGACUCGAUUCAAGUGACAGUGGAGUUUAUAUAAAGAAUGAGUCUCUGUAUAGAACAAGCGUGUGCAUUCACCCACGGUUACAAUGGUCUCCGUUUCAUUUCAAAGGAGAGGAUCAGACUAUCUGAAUAGAAACGCAAGUUGAUGUUAAUUUAUUCUAAGUACGCCAUGAUUCUGAUUGUCCUAAAGAAUUCUGCCUUUGUUAAUACUGUGUUAAAUUUUUUUAAAAAUUUGUGACAGGAUUGUAGCAGAUUAUUAUUUAAGGAAAAUAAAUUGCAAAAAGACUUUAAUGUGGUAUGUUUAAAUAGCGGUUUUUAUGUAUCCAGGAGAGGACAUUAAAGCAGUUUCUUAACGGGAUUUAUAGAAAAAGGAUGCUGUUAUGUUAUAUUAAAGCCAUUUUGAUGUUUAAGCAAACUCUAGACCAAUUGCAUAGUUUCCUGGUUGCAACAGGAAUAAAUACCUUUAUCUCCAGACCUGGUGUAUUUACUUGCAUACUUCAUGUCUUUCCCCUGCCAUUAUUUUCCUGCUAAAUGGCAGGGGUGGGAGGAAGGUGUUAUACAGGGCUGUAACCCUGUACUGAGGGACAGGUGGCCACCUGAGCCCCAUCCUGUCAGCACUAUGUCAGGCCAGCGGAAGGAAGCAGGAGAGUAGAGCCAAGCAGCAGGAAGUUUGGUUCCUGGCUCCUGGUUCCACUCCUCAAUAACUAGCUCUAGGCCUAGUCACUUCAGAGCACCACCUCUACUUCCUCACCUGUAAAAUAGGAAAAAUAAUACUGAAGACUUUAAGUUGACUAUGAGGACCGACUAAAAUGCUAUCGAUGGGAAUUCGCAGCAGCUGGAAUCUGGCACUGCUGUGGAUGAAUUACGUGGAAAAGUUAACUUAUCAGUUGAUUAGCCCAAAUGCUCAUGAAACCGAAGUAGAAUCGUAUGGGUUUUUAUAAGGGAAAGAUGCUUUUCUUUUUAUAAGAGAAAAUUGUUUUUCUUCUGGAGAGAAUAGAAGCGGAAAGGCAUAUCAGACCAGUACUUUCAUUCAAUCUGGACUCAGAAAAAUUCUAUCCGCAAAGCACCAAAAAAGAGAGGAAGGUGGGAAAGUUGAUGUAAAUUUAAAUGCCAUCAGAAUAUUUAGCAAAUCAUGGUCAUUUGAUAAAAAUGGAUCAUCUCCCUGUCUGCAAAAAGCUUGAGAAGUCUAACUGUGUUUUGCAGAUUUGUAUUUUUUUAAUUGUUUAACAUGGUUACAGAAAUGUUAUUAGCACACAGAUUUCUAAGAAUCUUACCAAGGUUGCAGCUAGCCUUUGUCUGCCUCUGUGUAGGCCAGUAGUUCAGACCCAGCAGAUGUUACCAGGAACAAGAUCCAUGAAAUACUGGGGAUGAACAAGACAAGAGAAUUACCUAAAGGGGCAAAAUAUGCAAGUAAAUACUGUAGAUACUACUGAUUAAAUCCUGUAACUCAAUAUUUCUUCUUCACCACCUUAUACACAUAAGCAACUAUACUUAAGAAGCCUUUUUGGUUCUUAGUGAAGAACAUCAAAACCAGGAUCAAUAUUUUGCCGGGGAAAUUUGGCUGGGUGUGAAUGGAGAAGACAGUUACAUCCUGCAUUCUGGUACUCUCCAGAAGAUCUAAUUCAGAUGCAUCUCUGUGCUGACGUAAUCAAGAUGGGAGAUCCUUCCUGGUGUCACCGAUUAGAACCUGCACUUGGUGUUUUGACUGUCAACAAAAAAAUACUCCAUUUGGAUGGGGGUAGAAUUGGGGGAGUGGGAGGAAUCUGAAUCACAAACUUGUGCUGGUCUUUAAUUCCUACCACGGUAAUUUAUACCUAAAUAUGCUUUCAGAUUAGUGUAGAUGGUAUUGCUGCUAUGUUGCUACUUGACAUUUUUUGUUGCUCAGAAGUUAUCAUUUGAGUGCAGACAGUAGGCCUCCUAAUCCUUCAGAGGCAACAAGAGCCAGCAUCAAUGGGAAAAGAUCUCAAGAAGCAGGCCUUGGGUUUAGAACCAGACUUAGGCAAGAUUUGUUGCCCUUAGCCUCAGUUUCCUUAUAUGGAAAAGGGGGAGGGUGGGCAGGACUAGAUGAGUUCUUCGGUUCUUUCAACAUUUACCGUGCUAUGUAUCUAUAUUCCAGAGAUUUGAAGUCAAUCCUAUAUGACUUCUGGAGAGAGAUGUAUCAUAUUUCUGUGACGUAUCCCCAAGAGAUUAUCCCUCAAAUCUUGGCGCUGAUGAAUGCAAAUACAAGGAUUGCCACCUCUGAUUCUUGCCAUCCUUGCCAUCCUAAACUGAGAGCAGACUCAGUAACGUUGGCGAAAAUUCUGACCUCAGCCUGAGGAACCAAAUACGUGGGAUUCUGAUGGCUGGACUGCCAUCUUUAUAAUUCAUAUUCUCUUUGGAGCAACAAAGGAUUUGUGUUAUGUAGUUUUGAAAACUAUCUUAAUUGAUCAGCUAUGUUAUUUCUGUAAAUUUGGAAUGUUUUUCAUUCAGGUCUGUGCUGCCAGUGACUCUACUGAAAACAAUUUUAUCAAUAUAAAAACAUUCAAGCUAUGCAACACUA